AUGGUGGCUUCUUAAAUUUCUUUUCUGAAAAUUUUGUUUUUAAGAUCGAUAAUCUAUGAAAAUUGUUUAACAGAUAAUAUUUAAGAUUGUAGAUAUACAGAUUUUACAAUAAAUGGAGUAAGCAAUGCGACAUUAGAAAGAUGUGGGACAAACCCAAAAAACUUAUUGAUGGGUCCAUAUGGAUUUUAAACUACAAUUACUAAGACUUUUACAAACAUUCCUCCAAAUAAUUAAUUAGAAUUUUCAGUUGGAAUAUGGAAAUUAGAUUCUUGGGAUAGUGAAGGAUUUGAGAUAUAUGCAAAUGAUAUUUUGCUAGAAAACCUGAUUUUGAGUUAUCAUGAUGGAACCAUGAUAUGCAGAAGUGUAAUAUGGGAAGAUUUACUUGUCCCUAUCUCAAAAAAAUUUUAAAUAUCAUAACAUGAACUCACAAUUAAAUUGAAAGACAAAUUGAAUUUAGGUUCUAGUUGGGGUGAAACUGAUCUCUGGGAUGGUAUUAAAUAUUUAGUUAUGAAUUAGAGUCUUGGGGGUAUAGGGAUGUAAUUAUAAGACUUUCUGUUCCUUGUGUUAAUUUUUAUAGCGAAUGCAAUUAUAUUGGAACAAUGUUUUAAAUAUGUUAAGGAGAAUAAACCAAAUUUUAACAUAAUAUUCCCUUUGAGAUAAAAUCGAUUUUAAUGGGUCCUGGUAUUAUAGUGAAAAUAAAGGGUCCAAGCUAUUUUCAAGGUGUUUAAUAAGAAUUUACUUCUUCAAACCCUUGCUUUGAUAGUUAUACGGUAUAAGUCUUACAAUAAUUACUUAGUUUCCAAAAGUCGCUUAUGAAAUGUGA